AUGUCUUUUGAGUUGAAGAAAAGAAAAUUGCAAACUUAAACUGCAGAAGUGCAAAAAUUAUUAUUAGGAGAAAGCAUGGAUUAUAGGAAUAUAGAUAUAGUUUAAUCAAAUAAACCAUUAAUUUUAAGUCCUGAUUUGAGUAUAAUAGUAGAGAAAUUCAAUCCUUUAUAUGAAAUUGCUUUUGAAUUUUUAAUGUGUGUAGCUGAACCAAUUAGUAGAUCAGAAUUGAUUCAUGAAUAUGUGUAUAUAUUGUUUUUAAUUAAGAUUGACUUAGAUGAGUAUGUAUACAGCCAUGGUACUAUAGUAUUCAGCAGAUGAUAUAAUUAGACUAUUAGAUCUAUUAUCCAAAAAUAAGGUUCCUUAGAGAAUGGAACAAUUUAUUAGACAUCAUACAAAUAAUAUAGGAUAAGCAAAAUUCUUUUUAUAAGAUAAGAGUUAUUAUAUAGAUAUUGGAGAAACAGUUUUAAGUUAAAUAAUGAUAAAUUUAUAAGAUAAGAAUAGUAUACAAGAGGUAAUUUAAGAAGAAUAGAUUAUUCAUAAUAUUUAAGUGAAUCCAUAAUUGAAGAAUUUUGAGCAUUAAAUAGAAUUAAAGGAAGCUGAUAUUGAAUAAAUGGCAAAAGAGAUUGAUACAUUUAAGGAUUGGUUAGCAUAAGAUAAAAUAUAAAGUAUCAAAUUUAAACGAUUUAAAAUUGUUGGAGACUAUUUUGAUGUAGCUUAAGCUUUAAUUCGUUCAUCAGUUCCUUUAAUUUAAGAAUAUGAUUUUACAAAAGAGUAAUAGAAAUUAGAUAUUAAUUUAAAACCAUCUACUAAACCUAGAUUAUAUUAAUUAAGAGCAGCAAAAAAUGUUAUCAUGGGAGAUUAUGCAAAAUCUGGUUUAAUUGUAUUACCAUGUGGAGCAGGAAAGACUUUAGUAGGAGUUUUAUGUAUGAGUUUAAUUAAGAGUUCAACUGUUAUAAUUUGUGAUUCAAAUGUAUCAGUUGAAUAAUGGAAGAGAGAAAUUGAAGGAUAUACUACAAUUGAUAAUAGAAGAAUAGUACGUGUAACUGGAUUUGCAAAAGAUAAAUGGUAAGGUGAAUUACCUAUUGUCAUAUUAACUACUUAUUCUUGGUUAAUUGCUCAAUUUAGAAAUAAUUCAACAAGUACAAAGACUGUUUGGAAUCAAAUAUCAGAUGUUAAUUGGGGAAUUUGUAUUGUUGAUGAAGUACAUAGAUUACCAGCAGUUCAAUUUUAGAAUGUGUUAAAAUAAAUAAAAUGUGCUAUUAAGAUUGGUUUAACAGCAACUCUUUUAAGGGAAGAUUAAAAAUUGGAUAAUUUGUAUUUCAUGAUUGGUCCAAAAUUAUAUGAAGAGAAUUUAAUAGAUUUAAUGACAUAAGGAUUUCUUGCUAAACCUCAUAUAAUUGAGAUUUAAUGUGAUAUGACUCCUAUAUUUUUAUAAGAAUAUCAAACUAAAAAUAAUAUGACAGUUAGAUAAUUAUUACAUACAGGUAAUCCAGGAAAAUUUAAAGCAUUAUAAUUUUUGAUUAAAAAUCAUGAAAUGUUAGGACAUAAAAUUAUUGUGUUCUGUGAUUCAUUAUUAAUACUUAAUUAUUAUGCUGUUUUAUUAGGUUAUCCAGUAAUAGAUGGAGAUUUAAAUACAGAUGAAAAAAAUAAAAUCUUUAGUAUUUUUAAGAAUUCGAAUGAAAUAAAAACAAUUUUUGUGUCUAGGGUUGGAGAUACAGGAAUAGAUAUUCCAUCUGCUAGUGUAGGAAUUGAAAUAGGGUAUUUAGGAGGUUCAAGAAGAUAAAAAGUAUAACGUUUAGGAAGAGUUAUGAGACCAAAAUAAAAUACUAAUAAUGAAAUUUAAGCAUUCUUUUAUUCUUUAGCCAGUAAAGAUACAACUGAAAGUGAAUAUUCAUAUAAAAGAUAAAAAUAUAUUACAGAAUAAUUAGGAUUAAAUACAGAAUUAAUAUUAGAAGGUGAUUUGCCUUAUAAUAAAAAUCCAUAGAAAUAUAAAUAUAUCAAAUAAAUGAAUGAAAUGGAUUUGUUAGAAUAGAUAAUGUUAUCAUCUAAUGAUUUAACAAAUAAAGUAGUAGAAUAAAUUGAAGAGGAGGUUUAAGUAAUAACAAACACUUUUUCUUAAGAAUUUGGUGGUGUAUACAAAUUUUAGUGA